AGUCACAACAACCAGGACACCAGGCAUUGGUAGAAGCGGGUAGAGCGAAGCAAACCCAAACCCCGAUUAGUUCGUAACCCAUCAAUUAAUCGCCGCCGAUUCGAGAAUGGCUUCCGGCUGGGGAAUCACCGGCAACAAAGGGCGUUGCUACGAUUUCUGGGUCGACUUCAGCGAGUGCAUGUCUCGCUGCCGCGAGCCCAAGGACUGUUCUCUCCUCCGCGAGGACUACCUCGAGUGCCUCCACCACUCCAAAGAGUUUCAACGAAGGAAUCGAAUUUACAAGGAGGAGCAGCGCAAAAUAAGAGCUGCUGCACGGGCCAAGGAGGGUGGAGUUGUUAAUGACCAUCAUUCAAUUUCUGAUCCUCGUCUCUCUCUCUCAGGAAGAAGAGCCAUGAGUAGCCGCGCAAGCAGAACUCUCUACGUCGGGAACCUCCCCGGUGACAUACGCGAGAGAGAGGUCGAAGAUUUGUUCUACAAGUAUGGACGCAUAGCUCAUAUCGACCUGAAGGUGCCGCCAAGGCCUCCCGGCUAUGCGUUUGUUGAGUUUGAAGAUGCUCGUGAUGCCGAAGAUGCAAUCCGCGGCCGUGAUGGCUAUGAUUUUGAUGGCCAUCGCUUGAGGGUCGAACUUGCACACGGUGGGCGUGGGCAUUCUUCUGGUGGAGAUCGGCAUAGAGAUAGCGGUGGUGGUGGUGGUGGUGGUCGAGGUGGACGUGGAAUGUCUAGGCGCUCCGACUUUCGUGUGUUGGUCAGUGGACUACCUUCUUCAGCUUCAUGGCAAGAUCUUAAGGAUCACAUGCGCCGGGCUGGGGAUGUCUGUUUCUCCCAAGUUUUCCGUGAUGGUAGUGGCACAACAGGAGUAGUGGACUACACUAACUAUGAAGACAUGAAGUAUGCCAUAAAGAAACUUGACGGCUCUGACUUUAGGAAUGCUUUUUCCCGGUCCGCUGUUCGGGUGAGGGAGUAUGACGCGAAGCGGGAUUCAUCUAUGAGCCCCGGUCGUGGUCGAUCUCCUUCAAGAGGUAGAAGCUACAGUCGCAGUCGUAGUAGAAGUUAUAGCCGGAGCAAAAGCAGGAGCAAGUCUCCUAAACCCAAAUCUUCACGCCGCUCUCCUGGUAGAUCUCGAUCAAGGUCCAGGUCUCCACCUCGUUCACGAUCAAAGUCUCGUUCUCUGUCGGGAUCACGAUCGAGAAGCAGAUCUCCAUUGCCUUCGAAAGACGCUAGUAAAAGUCCGAAGAAGCGCAGUGGCAGUCGAAGUCCAAGCCGUAGCAGGAGCAGGAGCAAGAGUUUGUCACGGUAA